CUUUGACCCCCGAGGGGACCGGUCGUGUGCUCACUUAGAGCUAACUUAAUCGUAACUUAACUCGAACUUGUGUGAAGUGAUUUGAAAAGUUCCAGAGUCUAGAUUUUAUCCACAAAAUUUUUGGGGUGGGGAUUUUUGUGGCCCCUUUUACACUUUAUUAGCAAUUAGUUUGAGGUUUGUGCGACUGCGUUUCACUGAAAACAGUGGUCCGUGUACAGCAACCUUUAAGUAUUAUUAUAAUUAGGAUGUGAUUUAAUAGAACAUGUAAAAGUAUAAAAGUGGGAAGUGACAGUGUAUAAUGUGAGACGGCCAUUUUGUGACGUCAGAAACAAGAUGGCGUCCAGUUCGGUUUUUCGUUUCCUCGUGCUGUUAUCUCUAGUUUGGCUGGCGAUCGGCAAUGCUACAAGGAAGAGACGGGAGCCCUGGACGAAUGGCAGUUGGUUCAACAUGGGACUACUGGAGUUCGAAGAGUGGACAAACCAGGAUCUGUUUUCUGGUCGAUCUCGCAUGUGUUCCAAGUUGCACGGCUUGACCCCUGGUCAACGACGCGUCUGUCGGCGGUACCAGGACCACAUGCCCGCAGUGGGGGCUGGCGCUAAGCAAGGCAUUACUGAAUGUCAAUACCAGUUCAGAAGUCGCAGAUGGAACUGCACGGUGACAGGCGAUGAAACCGUAUUCGGACCUUUGACAUUGAUUGCAUCAAGAGAAACAGCAUUCACAAAUGCUAUAACCUCUGCCGGUGUCUCACUGGCGAUAUCCCGCGCGUGCCGCGACGGUCGACUGGCGAGCUGUGGUUGCAGUAGAGCGGCCAGGCCUAAGAAUCUGCAUGAUGAUUGGGUGUGGGGAGGCUGCGGGGACAAUCUACAGUAUGGUUACAAGUUUACCGAAGGUUUUGUGGACAUUCGUGAGAGAGAGAGAAAGGUGAAGAGAGGCAGCCGGGAGCAAGGGAGACAGUUGAUGAAUAGACAUAACAACGAAGCUGGAAGACGGGCAGUCAUAAAGAAGUCAAGAGUAACGUGUAAAUGCCACGGCGUGUCUGGAUCUUGCAGCCUCAUUACAUGCUGGCAACAACUGCCGUCGUUCCGAGAGAUCGGUGAUUACCUCAGAGAAAAGUACGAGGGUGCUACAGAAGUGAAGGUGUCGAGACGCGGUAAACUACGACUCGGCAAUCCUCACUACAGCUUACCAACUGCAAAUGACUUGGUCUACUUAGAGGAGUCACCAAACUAUUGCAUCAAAAAUGAAACACUUGGUUCCCCCGGCACAACGGGUCGUGCGUGUAACAGAACGUCAGCCGGCAUGGACGGCUGUUCCCUGCUGUGCUGCGGCCGCGGCUACAAUACUAAGAAAAUCGUGAUGCGGGAGCGCUGCGAGUGCAAGUUCCACUGGUGCUGCCGAGUCGACUGUAACACGUGCGUGCGCACAGUAGAGUUGUACACCUGCAAAUAAUUUAUAAUCUGUAUCAGUAUUUUCAUUAUUGUCUAUGAAAGAAAACUAACUAUAAAUGUUUGUCAAAUAAUUUGAAUGCACUAAAUGUACGCAUUUUUAUUCUGUAAGCGUGGUAUACAAGUUCAAAUGUUCUUUCAGAUUUUCUAAUUGCUAAUGAAUUUGAAACAUUACAUUCCAUAUAUUUCCUAUUACAACUGUACUUUUAAAUCUCUAUUUUGAUUACGUCAAAGACUGGUUGUGUGUUAGAUUAUGUUCCCACCUAUUUAAGUUUAUUACUUAAUGUAAAUAUACUAGAUUUUAGAAUUUAGUGUUACUAGAGAGGCUAAUUUAUUUUAAAACAAAACUAAUUUAUUGCUUCAAUUGUUAGUAGAAAA